AUGCUGAUGCAUUCAAGUGACAACAACGUUUUUCAGAGAAUUCCAGUGAUCCUGUUAUGGACAAGGUACUCCUCAGACGCUGAUGCAAUUGUUUUUCAUAUUCGAGACUUAAAUACAUCAGAUCUGCCAUUACGCAGGUCACCUAAACAAUUUUACGUAUUUCUUUUGUUGGAAUCUCCUCAUUAUACAGGUAAAUCGUUGUGGGAAAAAAUUAAUGGCACAACAAAAUAUAAAAUUCCUGAUGAUUACUUCAACUUGACAGUGACAUACAGGAAAGAUGGAGAUAUUUUUGCUGGUUAUGGCAGCUUACAAAAAGUUGAACGAAGUGGCGGAGCGGGCAUUAGUUUUGAUUAUAAAAAGAUCGCUAGAAGCAUUUUUGAACGUCCUAAAUUUGCACUGCAACUUGUAUCCAACUGUCAGACUUUGUCUGGCAGAGAGCAGUACUCUGAA